GACGCUGGUGGCGGCGCGCUGGGUCCGAGUGCGGCACGGCGGCAGCGCAGGCGUGCUAGCCAGGCUUGGGCUCGCUGGUCGGGGGACGUGCUCGUCUACGACCUGCAGCGGGCGGUCAAGUUCUGGAGAGGCAGGUACGAGAAGCUGGCGGCGGCGCUGGGAGACCCCUCCAUCGCGGACCGCCUCGCGGUGGUGGCGGGGCACCUGCACGACCUGGUCCACGACAAGGUCGCGUCGCCCGUCGACACGCUGCGGAGGAACGUGGCGCUCCACUCGGCCGUGGUGUCGUUGCCGCUGGCGGCGGCCCUUGCUGCGGCGCUGCGCCGCGCCCAAAAGGGCGCGCGGCUGCCCGCGGUCCCCCGUUCCCCCGCGCUUAACGGCGCGGCGGCGCCCUUCGUGCCGUGCCGCGGCUACUUCAUGGGCGGUGUCACGGGCGGCACCGGCGACAGCGCCGACGUCGGCAUCGUCAAGGGCGAGGUCGGCGGCGCGAGCGACGGCUUCGCGGUGAGAGAGCUGCUCACGGUCGACAGGCUGCUCGAGGGCCUCGGGGUGCGAGGCGACAUGGGCGCCACCACCGAGGAGGAGCUGGAAGACGCGCAGUACCUGGGUGAGGUCGGGGGGCACGGCCCCACGGCACUGGGGCAGGGCGGCGUUUUCGGCGUGCUGUCCGACGGCGUGGACGAGUUCAGCGUCGACGGCACCGUCCCGACAGCUCCUGCGAGCGACGCCGAGGAGUUCGAGGAGGAGGAGCUGGAAGCCCACGUUCACGAUGACAGCGCCGACGGCCAAAAGCUGGCCGUGGUGCAGAGCCACGGCGACGUGGGCGCAGGCGGGGGCCUCUCGGACGGUGAGCCUGCAGGCAGGGACGGCGCCGUGGAGGGGAUCGAAGGGACGACGCGCUUCUUCGACUGGUUAGACGACGAGGCGCUCUUCGGCCCCAACGGCCUCGUGGAGAAGGCCCACUUCCUGGACCGCGCCAGCCUCGACGCGCUGGCGGCCGCGUCCUCGAUGCAGUGCGACGCAGUGGAGGUGCUCCGCUGGCGUGCGUUGGACAGGGUCAAGGACGACCACGCCGCGCAGCGCGACGGGGGCACUGACAAGGGCAUGGACAUGGACGAGUUCAUGCAGGCAGUACGGGCCGAGGCCCAAGGAGCAGACGGAGCGAGUGGGGUGUUGAUGUGA